GCUCUCGGCAGCUCCUGCUGACAGUGCCUGGGGCCUACGAGAAGCCACAGCUCUUGCCCCUGCAGCCUCCCACAGAGCCAGGCCUCCAACCCACCUUUACCUUCCAUGUGAACCCAGUGCUGAGCUCCAGGCUACACGUGGAGCUGAUGGAGCAGCUCUCGGCUGUGCAGAGCGACCCCAGCACGGAGCUGGAGGCUCAGACCAGCAAGCUGGGCCAGGGGGGCAUCCUGCUCUCCUCUCUGCCCCCAGGCCAGGAGGAACAGUGUUCUGUGGCCCUGGGGGAGGGCCAGGAGGUGGCUCUGAGUGUGAAGGUGGAAAUGAGCUCCGGGGACCUAGACCUACGCCUUGGCUUUGACCUCUGCCACGGGGAGCAGGAGUUUCUGGACAGGAGGAAGCAGGUCGUGGCCAAGGCCCUGCAGCAGGUGCUGGGAUUGAGUGAGGCUCCGGACAGUGGCCAGGUUCCUGUAGUGGCUGUGUUGGGUUCCGGGGGUGGAACCCGAGCCAUGUCUUCUCUGUACGGCAGCCUGGCAGGGUUGCAGGAGCUCGGCCUGCUAGACACUGUGACCUACCUGAGUGGGAUCUCUGGGUCCGCCUGGUGCAUCUCCACACUCUACAGGGACCCAGCCUGGUCCCAGGUGGCCUUGCAGGGCCCCAUGGAACGUGCCCAGGUUCACGUCUGCAGCAGUAAGAUGGGAGCUUUGUCCACGGAGCGGCUGCAGUACUACACUCAGGAACUGGGGGUCCGGGAGCGCAGUGGCCACAGCAUGUCGCUCGUCGACCUCUGGGGCCUCCUUGUGGAGUAUUUCCUGUACCAGGAGGAGAACCCUGCCAAGCUGUCUGACCAACAGGAGGCGGUCCGCCAGGGUCAGAACCCUUACCCCAUUUACACCAGCGUCAACGUCCGCACCAACAUGAGUGGGGAAGAUUUUGCAGAGUGGUGCGAGUUCACGCCCUACGAGGUCGGCUUCCCCAAGUACGGGGCUUAUGUUCCCACCGAGCUCUUUGGCUCAGAGCUUUUCAUGGGACAAUUGCUGCGGCUGCAGCCCGAGCCCCGGAUCUGCUACCUGCAAGGUGUGUGGGGCAGCGCCUUUGCCACCAGCCUGGAUGAGAUCUUCCUAAAGACUGCGGGCUCGGGCCUCAGCUUCCUGGAGUGGUACAGAGGCAGUGUGAAUAUCACAGAUGACUGCCAGAAGCCUCAGCCGCACAACCCAGCGAGGCUGCGAACAAGGCUCCUUACCCCGCAGGGGCCCUUCUCCCAGGCUGUGCUGGACAUAUUCACCUCCCGCCUCACUUCUGCCCAGAGCUUUAACUUCACCCGGGGUCUCUGCUUGCACAAGGACUAUGUGGCUGGCAGAGAGUUUGUGGCCUGGAAAGACACACACCCAGACGCCUUCCCCAACCAGCUCACCCCGAUGCGGGACUGCCUGUACCUGGUGGACGGAGGCUUUGCCAUCAACUCUCCGUUCCCACUGGCUCUGCGGCCUCAGAGAGCGGUGGACCUCAUUCUGUCCUUUGACUAUUCCUUGGAAGCUCCUUUUGAGGUCUUGAAGAUGACAGAGAAGUACUGCCUGGACCGAGGAAUCCCCUUCCCUAGCAUCGAGGUGGGCCCUGAAGACAUGGAGGAGGCCCGUGAGUGCUAUCUGUUUGCCAAGGCUGAGGACCCCCGCUCCCCCAUCGUGCUGCACUUCCCCCUUGUCAACCGUACCUUCCGCACAUACCUGGCCCCAGGUGUGGAGCGACAAACAGCUGAGGAGAAGGCCUUUGGGGACUUUGUCAUCAACAGGCCAGACACCCCCUAUGGCAUGAUGAACUUCACCUACGAGCCCCAGGACUUUGAUCGGCUGGUGGCCCUGAGUCGAUACAAUGUUCUGAACAACAUGGAGACCUUGAAGCGUGCCCUCCAGCUGGCUCUGGACCGGCACCAGGCUCGGGAGAGGACUGGGCGCUGA